GGCACGCUGGGAGUUGUAGUUCUGCCCCGGGGGACGGGCCUGGCGGAGCCGAGCGGGGCAGGCAGCGGGGCAGCCCCGCGCCGGGAUCUAUGGCCGAGCGGGACGCGGCGGGUGCCGGAGAAAUUGAGGCAGAGAGGGGCUCAGACUCGCUUGACUCCGAUUCUGACUCCGAAAACGGUGGCGCCUCUGGAGAGUCUGAAAUGGAUUUCCUGCGACACCUCCUGUCCCGGACGCUGGGCCUGGGCAGCGAGAAGCCGGAGAAGGUGCUGGAUGAGCUGACGUUGGACGGAGUGAGCCGCUUCAUGCAGAGCGAGAAGUGCAGGAACGUCGUCUGCAUAGUGGGCGCUGGGAUCUCCACCUCCGCGGGGAUCCCGGACUUCCGGUCGCCCGGCACGGGGCUCUACGCCAAUCUGCAGAGCUACAACCUGCCGUACCCUGAAGCCAUCUUUGAAAUCAACUACUUCAAGCAACACCCGGAGCCGUUCUUUGCCCUUGCCAGGGAGCUGUAUCCAGGACAGUUUAAGCCCACCGUGUGCCACUACUUCAUCCGGCUGCUGAAGGAGAAGGGUUUGCUGCUGCGCUGUUACACGCAGAAUAUUGACACGUUGGAGCGGGUGGCCGGACUGGACCAGGAAGAUCUGGUGGAAGCCCACGGCACCUUCUUCACCUCUCACUGUCUCGGCUCCUCCUGCAAGAAGCAGUACACCCUGGACUGGAUGAAAGAAAAGAUUUUCUCGACUGUCACCCCCAAGUGCGACAAAUGUCAGAGUCUGGUGAAGCCGGAUAUCGUGUUCUUUGGGGAGAGCCUGCCCCCCCGCUUCUUCACACUCAUGCAGUCGCAGGAUUUCCAGAAGGUGGACCUGCUCCUCAUCAUGGGCACGUCGCUGCAGGUGCAGCCCUUCGCCUCCCUCGUCAGCAGGGUGCCCACAAACACCCCGAGGCUGCUGAUUAACAAGGAGAAGACAGGGCAGAGUGAUCCCUUCAUGUCCCUGAUGGGCCUCAGCACCGGCAUGGACUUCGACUCGGAAAAGGCCUACAGGGAUGUGGCAUGGCUCGGGGAGUGCGACGAAGGCUGCACAGCGCUGGCCGAGCUGCUGGGAUGGAAGAACGAGCUGGAGGAGCUGGUGAAGAAGGAGCACUCUGCCAUCGAUGCCAAGUCGGGGCAGGCAGGCGAGGCCGGGAGAAGCCCUUCCCCUCCCCCGGCUGGGGCCACGGCAAGCCCCUCCCCUCCCCCAGCGAAGCCGGGGUCAUCGCCCCAGAAGGAAAGCGAUGCCGGAAGCCAAGCGGAAUGAUGGAGCCCGGCCGUGGCUGGUGAGGGCCGUUAAUUGGAGCGGAUUAGAACUCGCCACUGCCUGGACUGUCUCCCCCUACGAGGGGUGAGAGCCGCCUCUGAUCUAAAGAGGGCUGGGAGCUGGGGUCACCCCAAGUUUGCAGCUCAGAGGGGAGGGGGGUCUGGGGUCAGAGAGGCUGGGGAAGGGAUGAGAUUCAGGGGCGUUUGACUCUGGAAUCGCCUAUCCCGGGUGAGCAGGGGCUGCUUUGAAUCAUUUCGCGCUAACCACGUGUUUCGUUAUUUCCCCACCGAGCGAGAAUAACUGAAAUCCAGGGCUCACGGAGAGCACUGCAAGAGAGACUUGCAUUUCCUUUCUAAUUCGUUCCCCCAGCUGGGAUCCCGUUUCCCUCCGAGACCCAUCUCGCUAACGUGCCAGGCCCCAGACUUCCCGACAAGCGGCACCAAAGCUAGUAGGUGCAUUCGGGCUGAAAAUCGAAUACCGGCACAUUACGCGAUUUCCACCCCCCCCCCCCCCCCGUGCUCGGUGUUUAAUUUGGGUUAGUUAUUGCAAUGUAUUAAGUAUCACUUGACUAUUAAAUUUUAGCAUCUUGGAGGCAA